AUGGCCAAAAAUGAUGCGGUGAUACAAAGUCAAGCUGCCUCUCUUCAAAACCUUAAGUUGCAACUUGGACAUUUGGCUAAUGAAUUAAAAGCUAGGCCGCAAGGUUCUUUGCCUAGCGACACGAAAAAUCCAAGGAAGGAUGGGAAGGAAAAAUGCAAAUCCAUUCAACUAAGGAGUGGCAAGCAUCUGAAAAAUUCUGAGGAGGAAAUAAAGGGUAGUGGGGAGCCCACUUCAAUCCAAAUCGACGAAAAAUUUAGUAACAAAACUGCCCAGGAAAUUGCUAAUACCAGCCCAGUUGAUACAGCAAGGGGUCAGCAACCUGACAGUCAGCAAUCCGCACCACUCCAUAUCAAUAUUCCCUUGGUGGAAGCAUUGGAGCAAAUGCCGAAUUAUGUCAAGUUCUUAAAAGAUAUUUUGACAAAGAAAAGGAGGUUGGAGGAGUUUGAAACUGUAGCUCUCACCGAAGGAUGCAACGCCAUGUUAAAAAGUAAGAUUCCACCGAAGUUGAAGGAUCCUGGUAGUUUUACAAUCCCUUGUUCCAUUGGGGGACGGGAUGUUGGAAGAGCCUUACGUGAUUUAGGUGCAAGCAUCAACCUCAUGCCUAUAUCGAUCUUUAAGAAGUUGGGUAUUGGUGAAGCCUGUCCUACAACUGUUACAUUGCAGCUUGCUGACAGGUCCAUGGCCCAUCCAGAAGGAAAAAUAGAAGAUGUUCUAGUACAAGUUGACAAGUUCAUUUUUCUAGGUGAUUUCAUCAUCCUAGACUAUGAAGCUGAUAGAGAUGUGCCUAUUAUAUUGGGUCGGCCAUUCCUUACUACCGGGAGAACUCUGAUUGAUGUGUAA